UCACGAACCAAAGCUGUAUCUAAAUGUAGCUAAAGUAUUGUAUUCGCUUGCAGCAAAGUAAUUGUAUUGAGUGCAAACGGAAUCCAAGUCAUAUAGAUUUCUUUGAAUGGUAAGCUUCUGAACGACAUAAAUUCCGCAAGCUACAGUAGACGAUUGAAUCUGGAUGAUAAGCAGUUGACGGAAUGGAGAGUCCGCAUAUCGGUGUGGUCCGGGAUUCUAUGCUAACCAAUCCACGUUUGAUAAGGGCCUCCCUGGGAAGAUCCAAGUCAAAGGGUCUGAGCUGCCCAGGGUCAGACUUUGUGUAUGGGAUGGUGACCACCAUUCAGGAUGGAGGGGUAGCUGAAGCCAUCUCCAGCUGGUACUGCCCGGCGGUGGAGACCCGCCACUCCGGGCUGCCGCGCAGGCAAGAGAAGGACUUUGUGGCCCUGAACCGCGAGGGGGUGAAGUCGGGCCUGGUGACGGCCAAGGAGCUGCAGCAGUACCACGCCACCCACGACCUGCGGCGCCCGGCGCCGCCCCGCGCCCCCCAGAGGAGAGCCAUGCCUGCAGUCCUGCCCCCCGACAUCACCUUUGGCAUCUGCACUCGCCCCUCCACUCCCAUUGGUGAGCUUCUGCAGCAGCAGUACCGUCAGCGCUGGAUACAGCAGCAGCUCGACAAGCACACAACCAUGCAGGGACAAGACAGCAAGCGGAAGCUGGGGAGAGUCCAGGACACUCGAGCGUCAGUGCUGCGGAAGAGUCAGCCACCUGUAGAGAGCGCCCCCUUGUGGAAACUGCCUCGCUUUCAGCAGGUGGGUCCAUCGCUGGACACCUUCAGAGAUGCAGCCGCCCGGCAGAGAGCUCUCAAGGCUCAGCAUCCAGACGCAACAACUACUGGACUAGCAACACUAUGAGCAAUGCACUAUGAGCAAGGCAUAACACACAA